ACUCAAACUGUUUCUUUCGCUCAGAACAGAAGCAGAAGCAGUCGGCACUAAACUGGCUGACCUGGAAGACGAUCCCCUCCCUCCCACUGAAAUAUAAGGCUGCGGGGUUUUCACCCAGCCUGGACUGACUGAGCUGCUGCUGUAGGACGAUCCGAGACGCCAAAUCAUGAAUUCGGCAGAGCAGACGGUAACGUGGCUCAUCACGCUGGGGGUCCUGGAGUCUCCCAAGAAGAGCGUGUCGGAUCCAGAGGCUUUCCUCCAGGCGUCUCUGCAGGAUGGAGUAGUUCUGUGCAGGCUGCUGGAGCGACUCAGACCCGGGACGGUGGACAAAUUUAUCCAGGAACCAAGGAGCGACAGCGAGUGUCAGAGGAACAUUGCGGAGUUUAUUAAGGGCUGCGGGGCUUUCAGUGUAGAGCCUUUUGUAGUGAGUGACCUCCUGCAGGGACUGAACUUCUCCAAAGUACUAAACUCCUUAGUUGCUCUUAACAAAGCCACUGAAGAGUUGUCCGUCCCAGGAGACGGCGUAUGUGUGCCGCACUCCUCCAAUAUACGGAUCAAAUCAUUCGACUCUCUGAACACUCAAAGUCGCUCCUCUAAGCUGCAGCAGCCUCAGUACCGCAGCCUGGACAUGUCGGAUGGCGGCGUGUGCGGCCAGCUGCUGGUCAAAGCACGUUUCGCCUUCCAGCCGACCAACGAGGAUGAGCUCUCCUUCUCCAAGGGUGACGUCAUCUGUGUGACCAAGCAGGUGGAGGGGGGCUGGUGGGAAGGCUCGCUGAACGACAAGACUGGGUGGUUCCCCAGUAACUACGUACGGGAGCUGAAAGGAGGCGACAAAACGACAGACAAGCCAAAGUGUGGGACUCUGAAAAGUCCCCCAAAAGGUUUUGACACCACCAUCAUCUCAAAGACCUAUUACAACAUGGUCCUACAGAACAUCCUGGAGGCAGAAAGUGAAUAUUCAAGGGAGCUACAGAGUCUCCUGGGGACAUACCUACGUCCACUUCACCCCACAGACAGACUCAGCAGUGUUGACAUCGGUCAUAUUCAGGGAAAUCUGGAAGAGAUCUCUACAUUCCAGCAGAUGCUUGUCCAGUCCUUGGAUGAACAGACCAAGCUUCCAGAGAACCAACAGAAAAUCGGGGGUUUCUUUCUGAACCUGAUGCCUGAGAUGAAGGCCAUAUAUGUGGCUUACUGCUCCAAUCACCCAUCUGCAGUCAGUGUGCUCACACAACACAGUGAUGAUCUUAGUCAAUAUAUGGAGUCAAAAGGAGCGUCCAGUCCUGGCAACCUGACACUAACAGUCAGUCUGAGUAAACCCUUCACCAGAAUGGAAAGAUACCCAGCACUGCUGAAAGAACUGGACAGACAUAUGGAAGAGCAACACCCCGACCAAGCUGACCUCAGUGCUGCCAUGGCAGCCUUCAAAAGCCUUGCAGCAGAGUGUGAGGAGGUAAGAAAGAGGAAGAACCUGGAGCUACAGAUUCUGACUGAGCCAAUCAGAAACUGGGAAGGAGAAGAUAUUAAAACUCUCGGCCCAGUUCUCCACAUGUCCCAAGUCAAAGUUCACACGCAGAAUUGCCAGGAGUCAAAUGAACGCUUCCUCAUCCUGUUCCCUCACACUCUGCUCAUGCUCUCAGCUAGCCUCCGGAUGAGUGGAUUCAUAUACCAGGGGAAAAUGCCUUUAUCAGGAAUGCUCAUCUCCAGAAUUGAAGAUGGAGAAAACCUGAAGAAUGCUUUUGAAAUAUCUGGAGGCCAAUGUGAGCGCACGCAGAUAGCUUGUAGCAGUCAACAUGAUCUACAAGACUGGUUGGACCUCCUCACCAAACACACACACACCACACCACCUCAAGUGUGCAAGCUUCAGGAUGUUUGUUACACAUUGCCCUCCCAUCCUGCCACUCACUCCAGAUACUCUGAGUCUCGUGGGGGGAGCCCUUACAACACCCUGCCUCAUCCCUCCUUAAAUGGGGCAAUUUCCAGUAGCAGCCCCAUGUGGGGACCGCUGGAGCCACCGAGCACCCCCAAACCCUGGACCCUGAGCUGCCUUCGCCCUGCACCUCCACUACGACCGUCUGCUGCUCUGUGCUUCAAAGAGGAUGUAAGUAAAAGUCCCAAAAACAAGAGGCCGCUGCUCCCUACCAUAAGAAAACCAGAGAGGAAACCAUCGGAGGAAGAUUUCACUGCCAGAAAGAGCACAGCGGCUCUGGAGGAGGACGCUCAGAUACUGAAGGUGAUCGAGGCUUACUGCACGAGUGCAAAGACUCGCCAGACUCUAAACUCCACAUGGCAGGGAACUGACCUCAUGCACAACCAUGUGCUGGCUGAGACCAGCCUCACAGUGGCUGCGCUCCCUAGUAACCUGCUAUCUUCUGACCAAUCAGAAGACUCCGAUUAUGACAGUAUCUGGACUAAUCAGAGUCACAGGACCGCCUCGUUUUCUCGCUCCAGCAGAAAAGAUGUCCAUAUGCUGUUCCCAGAGGAGGAGAAGAUUAUUGUUGAAGAAACGAGGAGCAACGGUCAAACUGUAGUGGAGGAACGGAGUCUGGUGGACACCGUUUAUAGCCUCAGAGAUGAGGUUCAGGAACUCAAGCAGGACAACAAGAGAAUAAAGCGAACGCUGGAGGAGGAGCAGCGAGCGAGAAAAGAGCUGGAGAGAAUCGUCAGGCGGGUUCUGAAGAACAUGAACGACCCAACCUGGGACGAGACCAACCUCUGAAACUGCUUCAGAUUUGAAGCCAGGACCAAUUUCUGUCAUUUAAAUCGUCAUAUGAUGAGAGCUGUUAGCUGUGUGGACAGAAGCUGCCAGUAGUUUGUGCCACUCUUCAUCAUUUCAUUUAACUUUAAAACCUUGAACUAAUCCAUGUGCCAAACCAGGGACCAGGAAACUUCCUGCCAGCUAUCGAUGAAGCCGUCCCUACUGUUCACGAAGUAAUGAAGCCAUAACAGCUGGUAGGCACGAGGAUGUCACUUCGCUUCGUCUUUUCUUCUGUUAUUGGACCAACAAUUUCCUUUUUCUUUCCUAAUGUUGUUGCUGCUCUUUUCACUGGUAUCCAAGAUAGUAUUUUAUUUGCUCUGGUCCAUAAAUAUGACAGUUUUAAAUGAACAAGAUGCCAUAGAGAAGUUCAAUAGUUAAAUCUUGAUUAAACCCCCCCCCCCCACACACACACUGUCACUGUCAGUCAAAGUUCCUGUGAAAACUGUGCAUUCACUCAUAAUGAUGCGUAUAAAUGCUUUUUUUUCCACAGUGGAGUCAUUACACAACAUAACACUUAAAGCUGCAGUUUGUAACUUUAAUAAAGAUUAUGUUAUGUACAUAUUUAUUAAAACUGUCACCAUUUCAUGACAAUAAGUUACACUGAUUACUGAUAAACAGCUCUUCCUCCUUCUUUGCCGCUGUUAAUCGCACUGCAAGUGAUAGACAGCGCUAAGACCCGCCUCCUUGCUCUGAUUGGCUGUUUCUAGUUAGCACUGGGAGAAGGCAGAGGAGCUUGAUUAUUUUUUUCCCACAGAUUAUCUGUCUCAUACCAUACUGUUAUGACAAUUUCAACAAAUAUAUAUAUAAAUAUUUUCUACAUACUGUUUGGUGUAGGCUUAACUUUAAACCAAAUGUUAGUGGGUGUAUCUAUAAUUCUGGCUCCAACUUUCUAACUUUAGAAAUUAUUUUAGUUUUAUGGUGUAUAAUCAUUCAGUCCUGGAAAAGGGAGUUCAUGUGGUUCAUUCCCAUUAGGAGUUGCUAUAAAACUUUUAACUGUAUAUUUCAUCUCCAUAUGAAAUAAUGAACUUUUAAAGGAACCAACAAGCCAGCUAUGAAGUUACCAAAAACACCAAAAAUCAGCCAUUAAUGCACCAGCGUUUAUAAAGGUUUAUGAACUGCAAAAGAGUAACUAAUAGUUUAAAAAAAUGUUUGUAACUGAUGGGAGCAUUAUGGGACCACAGCAAAAAAAAAAAAAAAGAGAGAACAGUUGUAUUUAUCCUUGUUUUAAUUUGAUAAACUACAAUAAAACAUCUAGAAAAUGUUUGGUUUUCAGAAAACCUCAGGGCUUAACACAGCUAAAACCUUAUGUUUCCAGCUCCAAAUUAACACCCAUUUCUACUUUAAUUUUUCAAGCAAUAUUUAAAGGUGCUCAUAAUGUUAUAUUGACUUGCACUGCCUCUUAAGCAAAAAAAACCAACAAACUUUUAUCAGUAAUUUGGUUCUUUGACGUUUUAGAACCCCUGUAACUUAAAAACAUAUUCUUUCUGAUCUUAAAAUCCAUUCCUUUCAUCAUUAAUGGUCAAUAAAAGUGCAAAUUUGUUCAUGGUAAGAGGAAAAACAUCAGAAGAGGCUUUCUACUGAACUCUGUUCAAUGGUUCCAACUUGGGUCUCAUCCUUAAUAAUGCAAUAAAUGGGAAGUUUUUCAUUGCUAUUGAGGCACUUUAGCUGUUAAAUUUCUAUAAUCUAUUGCAAAGUGCAAGUUUGUUUGGUGAAACACUAAAAAUGACUAAUAAAAUAAAACUUAGUGCUAAGUUAGAAAUGUACUAACAGUAAAAACCAUCUGACUCACUUUUUUGAGGUCUGCCUAAGCCAUGAGACUGAUGGGGGGUAAAAAAACUCAAUGCACAUUUGUAUUUGCAAAGCCAAAUUUAAAGCAAUACUACACUGGAAAAUGUGUUUAUUUUUUGUCAAUAUGCAAUUUACUGUUGAACAAGUCUCAUAUUUAUCUUUGUUUAAUUUUUUUUUUACUUGCUUUCAUUAACACCUGUUUUCUACUUGACCCUGGCUCACAUCACAUACGUGAGCCAGAGAGCCGUUUCUCAUCAGCAGCAGCAGAUGUACUGCUAAAACAAAUUAGCAGUGCAACCUCUGUUGUGUUAGUUGUACGAUCAAAUUUGGCAAUGAUUUAACUCUAACUUAUCUAUUUAGCUGUAACUGAUGUAAAUGUGUUCUGUGCUCUGGUGUUAGAAUGAUGAAAAGGAUUUCAGAGGUUACUAUAAUAACCAUUUUUUUUAUUUCACCUAUUGGUCUGCCAUAAAUAAAAUGCUGAAUCCAAAUGAAACUUGAGUCUGUUGUAGAGAAUAAAAAGAUGAUUACAGUG